AUGAGUAUCAAAAUUACCAACAUCAGGUUUCCUUCUUCUACGUCUAAAGCUCCUGUACCUCCGACACUGUCAAACAACCCAACUCCUAAAUUCACUUGUACACAACCAGUUGUCACGCAACCAAUCAAUACAUCAAACGUCUAUACUCCAAGUCAACAUCCAAUUGCAACACCAUCAACUUACUCAUCAAACGUCUAUACUCCAGGGCAACAUACAACUUUAACACAACCAAUUAACUCAUCAAAUGUCUUUACUCCAGGUAACCUUUCAACACAACCAACCUACUGUGUCCAACCCACCCCUCCAACCCAGCCAAAUGUAUAUCCUUCGACAACUCUUCCUUACUCAGUUGCACAACCAACUCAACAACCAUCUGUAACGACUCAGCGUUACAGCCAACAGAACAUAAAUAGUUAUACAUCCAGCACUCCCCAAUUUCGUCAAAGUCUGACAGCAAGCGCACCACAAAAUCCUUUCAUACAGGAGAAUUAUGUUGCUACAUCAUCACCUAUAAUGAACCUUCAAGAUCUUAUGAAGUCGGUUGGUAUGGAUGCUAUUCCUCCUUCCACACCCACUCCGUUGCCAGAUACUAUAACAAAUGAAAAGCUAUUGGAACUUGUAAAGCAGGCACUUCCUUCCCUUUUAGAAGAUAAGAAAAGACUAUUCUCAAUGCUUGUCGUUCGAUAUGAAGCAUUACUUAAGAACCAAAAAACAACACAAGUGACUGCUACUCUGACGCCACAGGGUGUCAAAGGGAUACAACCCGGCGUUACUAUUACACCGAAAAAGAUGGAAAUAAAACUUGACCCAAAAGAACAAAACCAAACUUCUGCAAGUGUCCAAAAUCCAAUUAUUAAGGCGAGCAUUUCUAAAGACAAUGUCAAAACACCAAAUGCCCAACAGAAUGUACAACAGAAAGUUAUACAAAAGGCACCACAAAAGUCGGAAACGCCACCCGAAGCGACACCGAAAGUCUAUACUUACUCUGAAGUGGAAGAAAAAAUGACUUUAUUAGCACAAAUGGUGUUGGACAAGCGAGUUGAAUUUAUUUCUAAGAAACGCAAAGCAGAAGUUUUGUUUGAUAGUAAAGAGAAAAGUUUAACACGACCUUUGUUCUGUUCUGCGAUCAAAGGCAAGAAAAGUGUUGUACUCUUGAUGAGAAUGACAAACAAAAAUUGUUAUGUCGUUCACUUUGGGAAUAUUCCAUCGGAAUACGCGAAUGAUUGGGUUGAAAUGGACAACUUCUGUAUCUUCAAAUUGUUUGCAAAAGGAAAGAAUUGUUGGAACAUGUGGAAACAGAACCCAUCGGAUAAGAAAGCAAUCGAUUUCACUGAUCCAUCACAAGUUUAUAAUUCAGAUGAAGUGUUCAACGCUUACAUUUCGUUCGUUGUUCACAAAAAUAGAAAGGUCGAGUGGGAUGAAGACUUCUCUACUGCUUUUAGACCGGAGAUAUUAAAUGGGUUUGUAAAAGGGGAUAUGCCAUCGGGUGAAGAGAAACUUGAACAAAUCGUUGCCGUGUCAUUCACAUAA